GCAAUGAUCCGACUCAAAAGAACGAGUCAUUCACGGAACUGACAUAUUUAUAGCCAACGCUUCUGGACCGAAAACUGGUGCACUUUUAAGGUUAUAUAAAGAAACGACAGGGAAACAAUUAAGUUCUAAGGCGUUUCGUUCUUGAGGGUGUUGCAACAAAACCUGUUAUGGAUGAGCAGAAGUAGCCUAUGAACUAUGAGCUUCCAUUAAAACUAAAGGACGAGCCGCUAUAAAGGAAAAGGAAUUUGAAGUACCCUACAUCCCUGGAUAUCAAGAUGGCAAAAGAGGAAGAAAACCCUGAGUGGGUUGGUGGUCAAGAAUUUUACGACAAAUAUGAACCAAAGGAGAUAUUAGGACGAGGUGUGAGCAGUGUAGUUCGCCGAUGUGUGGACAAACGGACUGGCCAGGAAUGUGCAGUAAAGAUCAUAGACAUUACACCAUCAGACAAAAUGACAUCUGAAGAGAUACAAGAAAUCCAGCAGGCCACUGUGAAAGAGAUCGACAUUCUUCGAAAAGUGUGUGGACAAAAAAACAUAAUUCAACUGAAGGAUUGUUUUGAAUCAAAGGCCUUCUUCUUUUUGGUAUUUGAUCUGAUGAAGAGAGGUGAACUCUUUGAUUACCUCACAGAAAAAGUCACCCUAAGUGAGAAAGAGACACGAAAGAUAAUGCGAGCUCUUCUGGAGGUGGUUGAGUAUCUGCACACCCACAGUAUAGUCCACCGUGACCUGAAACCAGAGAACAUUCUGUUAGAUGAUGAUGUGAAUAUCAAACUCACUGACUUUGGCUUCUCAAUCCAGAUUGAGCCCGGACAAAGACUGAAUGAGGUUUGCGGGACACCAGGUUACUUGGCUCCAGAAAUCAUUGAGUGCUCCAUGGAUCCCAACAGUGCUGGCUAUGGACCUGCUGUUGACCUGUGGAGCGCAGGCGUGAUCUUCUACACUCUUCUGGCUGGAUCGCCACCUUUCUGGCACAGGAAACAAAUGCUAAUGCUUCGAAUGAUUCUUGCAGGACAAUAUGAAUUCAGCUCUCCAGAGUGGGAUGACCGCUCGGACACUGUCAAAGACUUGAUUUCCAGGUUAUUAGUUGUGGACCCACAAAGUCGUUAUACAGCCACAGAAGCUCUCAAUCACCCAUUCUUCCAGCAGUAUGUGGUUACAGAAGUUCGGGAUUUCAGCCCUUACAGGAAAUUCAAGGUUAUUGCUAUGACCGUACUUGCCGCCAUGCGUAUCUACUGCAACUAUCGUCGUGCCAAACCUGUCACCAAAGAAGUGAUCUGCAGUGACCCGUAUGCCAUCAAACCUCUACGCAAGAUGAUCGACGCAUGUGCCUUUAGGAUCUAUGGCCACUGGGUGAAGAAAGGGCAAACUCAGAACAGAGCAGCUUUAUUUGAGAACACUCCAAAAGUCAUUCUGCUCUCUAUUGCAGCUGAGGAGAUGGAUGCACUACCCAGGACUUGGAUGGAGUAUGACUGACCUAGUGGUGACACGAGCUCUGUGAUUGGCUGAGCCAUCGGCUGUGUCAAUCCAGGAUGCUCGGCGCAGGACAUACAUGAUCUGAGCACCAGGAAACCGUGAGGAGGUCCACUCCCACACAUUACCCAGAAUGUCAUAUAGUCCUGGAACAAAGUGGGAUAUUAUUCUAAACUCCAAGUUUAGAACAAUAUUAAGAGAGUUACACUGCUGCUCAAAAGUUUAGGAUCAGUAAAAAAUUAAUUAAUUGUAUUCAGUAAGAAAGCAUUAAACCAAUCAAUAGUUAUAGUAAAGAAACUUAAAAUGCUGCAAAAUAUUUUUAUUUCCAAUAAAUGCUGAUGUUUUGAACUUUCUAUUCAUCACAUAAUCCUGAAAAAAAAGCAUCAAAUUGAUAAUAAUUAGAAAUGUUUCUUGAGCACCAAAUCAGAUUUUUGAAGGAUCAUGUGACAGAAGACUGGAGUAAUGGCUGCUAAACAAGACACUAGAAAUAGACCUUCAAUUUAGGCCAGCUGCCAGGUAGAUUU